UUUCACAUUUUCACAUUCUUGGCAUUAAUUACGAUCGUCUUCGCUUCCCUCUCCAAGAAUCAAUCAAUGAUAUGCCGGCGUUUUGGGGAUUCUCUGUCUUCUUCAACUGUCAUCCUGUACAUUCUCUCUCUCUCUUGGGAAAUCCUUUUCCUUGCAGGCUAAGAGAAGCUGGCGCGUUACUUGUAUUGACUUGGAGUAAACCAUUUCAAAUUUCCUUUUCCUUUCCUUUUCAUUUCCAAUGUUCCAACGCUAUCUUGGUUCCAGAAUCGUACGGAUUUCACUUUUAUGAUGCCCCUUAUGCGAUACAAUAUGGCAGCUCUUUCAAUCUUCAUUGCCAAGGCCACUGAUUCGCUUCUUCCUUCAUCCUUACGUUCUUGCCUCCGGUUUUCUUCUUCUCUUUAUUCUCUCUCUCUCGACAAAAAUACUGACAAAACUUUUGUGGGUUUUUGAGGUUUGUUGCGUCUGAGAUUGGACUAACGUGGGUUUCUCAUUGGAUUCGAUAGUUUCGGAAAGAGAAAGAGUAGAAAAUCAAAAUAUGAUGGCAAAUAGCAGACUAACAGUAGUAAUGUGAAGAAGUAUGAACUGAAGGGGAAAAAGUUGAUAGAAAAUCAAAAUAGGAUGGCAAGCAGUAGCAGAAAUGUGAAGGAGGAUGAACUGAAGGGGAAAAAGCUGAUAGAUUUGGUGUUUUCUUGGUCACUUGCUGAUGUUUUCAACAAAAAUCUCUACAAGGCCAAGGUUGAGCAAAUUCCGAUGACAUUUUCAUCGACUGGUCAGUAUUUGAGGUCGUUCAUCUAUCCACUUAUCGAGGAAACCCGAGCAGAUUUGCACUCUAACAUCCAAACAGUGGCCCGAGCACCUACCCGCGAAAUAAUUUCAGUGGGAAAAGCAAAGGAUUACCCCAAGGAAUUGUCCUACAGAAUUUUGAUGAAGGAACUAAGGGAAAUUGCAAAUGUUGAAGGAAUGUAUGAGCCUGAGGUUGGAGACCUCAUUGCCCUGACAGACGUGAAACCAAAAUGCAUUAAUGAUCUGAACAGGCCUCAAAUGCCUUAUCUUCUCGGUUUGGUUACGACGAUGAACGAUGACCACCCUGAAAUGACGAUAUUGUCAUCGAAGCCUAUCGCGUUUGUUGCAGAUGAGCAAGAGGAUAAGACGGCGAAGGAGAAAAGUCUUUUCGUCGUUUAUCUGACAAACAUGACAACAAAUAAUCGUAUGUGGCAGGCAUUGAACUCGGGGCUGGCUGGAGGGAACAUGAACAUCAUCAAAAGGGUCAUGCAAUUUGAUUCUACAGUCGGAAGCAAUUGUAGCGAUUGCAUCUCUCAAGAGAACAAGAGUGGAGCUGUAACCAAUGCAUAUAAUGCCGUAGGAUCUUCUAUGCUGAAUCCUUCUCAAACGGCUGCAGUUUUAGAGGGUGUGGCUGCAAGUGAAUGUCGUCAUCAGAAUACAGUUAAACUAAUAUGGGGACCUCCAGGGACUGGGAAGACAAAGACAGUCAGCUCACUAUUGUUUGCACUGUGGAAGAAGGGAUGCAGAACCUUGACUUGUGCUCCGACAAACAUUGCAGUGUUGGGGGUUGCAAAACGGCUUGUUGGUUUGGUUGAGGAUGCUCUUGAGUAUGAUUCUUAUGGAUUGGGAGAUAUCGUUUUAUUUGGUAACGGGGAGCGAAUGAAGAUUGAUAAUCAUGAAGACCUGUUUGAUGUGUAUCUUGAUUACCGUAUUGUUGGUCUCUCCCAUUGUUUUGCUCCAUCAACUGGCUGGAAAAGUACUCUAGGGUCUAUGAUAAGCCUGCUUAAAGACCCUGAGCAUCAAUACCGUUUGUAUUUGGAAAAAUCUAAUAAUGAUGAUGAGAAUGAGGAAGAGGAUAAAGAGGGAGAAGGGGAGGUAAAGAGAAAUCAAGAGGAAGGGGACGAUAUCAAUGAUAAAGACUUCAAAGAGACACGUAGAAAGAAAAUCAUGAGGUCAAUUGUUGAAACCUUGCAGGAAAACAGGAAGGAACAGAAGAAGAAGAAGAAGAAAAAACAGCACCUGAAGGAGCCUUCUCAUAACCAAGUGAAAAGUGAUAAAGGAGCGAAUAAAGCUAUGUCCACGCAGGGUAGGGAAAACAAUGAAGAAAACAAUAAGUCUGGCGAUCUUUUGACAUUUGAAGAGUUCGUGUUACAGAGAUUUAAAUUUAUUAACAAUCGGCUGCAAUUUCUUAUUCCAAAUUUGUACACUCAUUUGCCAACGUCAUGCCUUUCCGUGGAACAAGUAAAGAAGAUGAUCAGAGCUCUUGAUCUGCUAAACUCAAUUCGAAUGUUGCUGCAUGCCAGUGGUACAGCAAUUGAUUGUUUAAGAGAAGUUCUCAAUGGAGUUCAAGGUGUAUGGAACAAGAAAAAGGGAUUUUUAGAGUUGACUUUAGCCAAGACAGAGUGCGUUGAAAUACUUGAAAUUCUUAGUCAAGCGUUAUCACUUCCAAGUUUUUCUGACUAUAGUCAAAUUCGAAGCUUUUGCUUACAAAAUGCGUGCUUGAUAUUUUGCACUGCCUCAAGCUGUGCAAAAUUGUACAUGGAAGGACAGACACCACUGGAAAUGCUGAUUAUCGAUGAAGCAGCCCAGCUCAAAGAAUGUGAAUCCACCAUUCCUUUGCAGCUUCCCGGUCUCCACCAUGCUGUACUGAUAGGGGAUGAACGACAACUUCCAGCAAUGGUCCAAAGCAGGAUAUGUGAGAACGCUGAAUUUGGAAGAAGCUUGUUCGAGAGACUGGUAGCAUUGGGUCAGAGAAAACAUCUUCUGGAAGUUCAGUACAGAAUGCAUCCAUCUAUAAGCUUAUUUCCAAAUAGGGAGUUCUACAACAAAAAGAUUUUGGAUGCACCUACAGUUAAGCAGAAAGCAUAUGAGAAGCGCUUCCUUCAAGGGAAGAUGUUCGGCCCCUACUCUUUUAUCAACGUAACAAAUGGCAAAGAGGGGAUUGAUAACAGGCAUAGUACUAAAAACAUCAUCGAAGUAGCUGUCGUUAUGGAGAUUGUUGCAAUGCUCUGUAAAGAAUCUGUAGCCUCAAAACAGAAGUUAAGUGUGGGUUGCAUAUCCCCUUACAAAGCCCAAGCAUUUGCACUUCAAGAAAAACUUGGGAAGACAUAUGACAGAGACAGCAGCAGUGGCUUCUCUGUGAGUGCGAGAUCUGUUGAUGGUUUUCAAGGUGGUGAGGAAGACGUGAUAAUCAUCUCUACUGUCAGAUGUAACGUCCAAGGAUCGGUGGGCUUCCUUUCCAAUUCUCAAAGAACAAACGUGGCUCUUACUCGAGCAAGGCAUUGCCUAUGGAUAGUGGGGAAUGGUGCUACUCUAGUUAACAGCGGCUCUGUUUGGGGGAGACUAGUCCAAGAUGCUAAGGCACGCGAAUGUUUCUACGACGCUAGUGAUGACAAGAACUUGGCUCUAGCUGUUGCGGGUGCCUUACUAGAGCUUAAUCAACUUGAUGCGCUACUCAAACCGGACUCCAUAUUGUUCUGUAAUGCAAGGUGGAAGGUAUGCUUCAGUGAUGAUUUUAUAAAAUCCAUGGCCGGGAUCCAGAACACCGAAUUCCGAAAGCAAGUACUUUCUCUUCUAGAAAAGCUUUCAGGUGGCUGGAGACUGAAUGGGUAUAGCAGAAUUGUCAACAAGAAUGGUGCUGUAUGCCAAAUUUAUAUAGUCGAUGGAUUUCUCAGUAUUGCAUGGAGCGUGGACAUCAUGACGGAAAAUUCUGAAGAUGUCCAGGUUCUGAAAAUCUGGGAUGUUAUUCCAUUUGUUGAGAUACCAAAACUAACCAUGCGCCUUGCCGCCGAAUUUGAGAGCUAUUCUGCUAAAACUAUCAACCAAUGCAAAUACGAAAGACUCGAAGGGUAUGUGCAUGCUUUUGCAUUCUUCAUUCUUCAUUAUUGGUCAUAAUGGGGAUGUUUCUUUGAUCAUAUAUAUGCCACAGGAACUUGGCACUGCCAAUGACAUGGCCGGUCAGCUUGAGCGCCUUCAUAAGCUUCUUGGAAAGCAAAGUAGCUUCACUGAG